UUCUUUUUGGAGAGCCAGCGGGAGGGGUCACUCUGUCCAGUUCUCUUUGUACUGUCAAAGAGUGGGUCUUUACAAAUAUGUAGUGCGCACAAACGACCACUAGGUGUCAGUGUUUCCUCAGUUUCAGGACCACAAACAAACCAACCUGGGGGACGGGGGAGAAGGAGGGUCCACUGAAGAGUUGUCUGACUGAACUUCUGGGUCUGCGUGAUUUUGUUUUUGUUUUUACGUUCUCCUUUUUUGGUCGUUAUUUGCUCCAAACACUGUCACUCAAAGCGCGUUCUCACAUUCGGCACGCGCUAGAUGAAGGCAGCGGUAACGUGCGCGUGCGGGCACGUCGGGAUGGACGCUGACAGUUAAGUGAAGCAGGGUGUCGACAGGUAACCAAACGCAAACGGGACGGCACCUUUGCCGCACUCCUCCUCCUCCUCUUUCUUCCUCUUUCCGCUGCUCCUCUCGGAGUGAAGGUCCGUCCGGAGUCGCCUCCAGCCGCUUCUGUCGCCGGACUCCACUUCGGCGCGAGACAUGUCGGAAAAAAUGGAGAUUUCCAACGAACUGUUCGAGAGCGUGAGGGAAGCGGUGGGUCGCAGGGUGAAACUGACCCUGAGGCGCAAUGUCCAGCUGGAGGUCAAAGGUGAAAAGGUGGAGAACAGAGUGCUGGCUUUGGCGUCACAUCGAGCCUAUUUACUCACAGCUAAAGUUCCUUCUAAGGUUGAACAGUCUUUCAGUUAUUUGGAAAUUUAUGGAGUUUGCAGCAACAAACCUAAUCAGCUGCUGUUGGAGCAUGAGCGCGGCCCGUGGAGCCUCCGGCUGGGCUCGGCAGACGAGGUGGACGAAGUGGUCGCUCACAUCGGCAGCUGUCUGCAGCAGAUCUGCCCCGCUGGCUCCCCCGUGAAGCUGAUGAAGAAGUUGAGCUUGAAUCCUCCAGAAAGGGCCGCCGCCCUGCAGGCUCUCUGGGCUGAGCAGAGCUCUUCUGACCUGGGGCCAUGCGGCGGCUUCUCUCAUCAGUACUGGUGUGUGUGUGAUUACUUGGGGUUGCCAUACAGAGAGGAGGUCCAGUGGGAUGUGGACACAAUUUAUCUGACCCAGGACACCAAAGAGCUCAAUCUUCAAGACUUUGCUCACCUGGAAAACAGGGAUUUGGUGGCAAUCAUUGCUGUUUUAGAGUACAACCAGUGGUUCACAAAACUCUCCACCAAAGAUUAUAAACUGUCGACUGACGUGUGCGAUCAGAUCUUGAGAGUGGUGGCUCGUUCCAGCCAGCUGGAGGAGCUCAUGCUGGACAACGCUGGACUCAGGAGUGACUUUGCACAGAAAUUGGCCUCCGCUCUCUCCCAAAACCCUUCAUCUACGCUUCACACACUCAACCUGAGCAACAACUCACUGGAGGAUAAAGGUGUUUCUGCUCUGAGCGCUCAGCUUGCCAAACUUCCAUUGGGUAUUAAACAUCUAAAUCUUUCCAGAACCUCUGUGUCCCCUAAAGGUGUAAACAGCCUCUGUCAGGCGCUCUGUGCUAACCCGGUUGUGGCCUCCACUCUCACACACCUUGACCUGUCUGGAAACUCUCUCCGAGGCGAUGACAUAACGAGUUUGCACAACUUCCUCGGUCACCCCAACUGUCUGCAGACUCUGGAUCUCUCCAACAGCGACUGUUCGCUGGAACUGAUGUGUUCGUCCCUUUAUAAAGGCUGUUUAAAGCAUCUGUCUGUCCUCAACCUGUCAAAAAGUGUGUUUUCCCACAGGAAGUGUAAAGAAAUCCCUCCCUCCUUCAAGCAGUUCUUCAGCUGCGCUCAAGCGCUGACAUCUGUCAGUUUGUCAGGAACCAAACUGCCUCACGAGGCUUUAAAGGCGUUGUUGUUAGGCCUCGGCUGCAACCCCAGCCUGAGUGACGUGUCUCUGGAUCUCAGCUGCUGCGAGCUGCGCUCUGGAGGCUCUCAAGUCCUGGAAGGCUGCAUCGCUGAAAUCCCAAAUAUUUCCAGUCUGGAUAUUUCUGAUAAUAGUUUGGAUAUGGAUCUGAUCACCCUGCUUGUGUGGCUGGCCAAAAACCGCUCAAUUCGUCACCUUUCCCUGGGCAAAAACUUCAACAAUAUCAAAUCCAAGAAUGUGGCUCAGGUCCUGAACAAUCUGGUUCUAAUGAUCCAAGAGGAAGAUUCACCCCUGACCUCCCUGUCCCUGGCUGAUUCCAAGCUGAAGGCCGACAUUUCCAUCGUCCUCAACGCUUUGGGCAGCAACACCUCUCUGACCAAACUGGACAUAAGUGGGAACUCAAUGGGAGACAUGGGGGCCAAAAUACUGUCCAAAGCUCUGCAAAUCAACAGUAAGCUAAGGACCUUAGUGUGGGACCGAAACAAUGUUAGUUCUCAGGGUCUGCAGGACGUAGCAGGAGCCUUGGAGAAAAACCACACCAUUCGAUUCAUGCCAGUUCCCAUCAUGGAUGCUGCUCAGGCUCUAAAGGCAAAUCCAGAGAAGACUGAGGAUGCCUUAUUGAAGAUGGAGCAGUACCUGCUGAGGAAUCACGAGACCCGUGAAUACCUCCAGGAGCAGGCGUACAGGUUGCAGCAGGGAAUAGUUACUACCACCACUCAACAGAUGAUGGACACCAUGUGUGUAAAAGUCCAAGAUCACCUGAACUCUCUGAGGUUCACCGAGACCAACUCUGUUCAGGAGGACAUGAAGGUGGCUUUGAACCUCAUGAAGGACGCCAGGAACUCCAAAACUCUUCUGCGCAACUUGUACCACUUAGGAGGAUCUAAAGGUACAUGUGUUGGAGCCAUUCAGGAGAAACUGGAGUCGAUGGCUGGAGAAAUGGCCCGAGUGAUGGACGAGCAGCUUCAGAUGAUGCUGGUGUCCAUGGUGGACUCUGCAGAAGGCCUGUGUCCUCAUGUGAUGAAGAGAAGCAGCCUUCGUCAGGAGCUGCUGAAGGCCGGCACCGGGAGGGUGACCAUCCCCCGCAGCUUCAUCACCACCACGCUGGUGGAGCAGUCGGGGGUCGACAUCAUAAAUAAGAUCAGUGAAGUCAAACUGGGCAUGGCGUCAUUUCUGUCUGACCGCAUCGUCGAUGAGAUCCUGGACUCUCUUUCCACCUCGCAGCAUACUCUGGCUGACCAUCUGAUUAGGAAGGACCAACCUCUGCUGCAUCAUGACCCUCAGACGGAGACGGAAGUCCUGGACGAGAGGGUUCUGCAUUCAGAAAACCACGAUCAGAAACACGGGGUGGAGGAUUUAGACUCCUGCAUGAUGACUCCCAAAUCCAAGAGGAAGAGUAUUCUGGUCAGAAUGCUCCGCCCCAUUUCUGUGGCAUUCGAGAUGGAGUUCGACCUGGACAAAGCUCUGGAGGAGGUUCCCAUCCACGUGGAGGACCCUCCUCCCCCUCCCACGCCUUCGCAGGCGUCCGACAGAAUGUCGGCCUACGGCGGAGAACUCCCCCCUCCUCCCACUUCACCCGACGCCGGCUUGAUCGAUCUGCCGCCCGUGGAGCUCAGGACGCUCGAGAACUGCACCAAGAACCGGCCGAAACCCAAGAGGAGGAUGAAACCGAGCAGACCGCAUCGGGAAAGUAUCGCUGCACUGGAGGCAGAGCAGAACGGCAUGAUGGGAAAACUGGAUGAAGGCCUGGAUGACUUUUUCUCCAAGAAAGUCAUCAGGCUGAGCGUGAGGAUGCCUUCCAUAAAAAGCUCUCCACCUCAGGAGAAUAUGGAUAAGAAACGGGAAUCCAGGAUGAGCGGAAUCUUUAACCUCAUCAAAUCUCGCAGCUCAAAGAGCAGCAGCGCCGCCACGUCCCCUCUUACCUCCUCCACCUCACCCAUUCCCUCUGUCACCCCAGUGGUGGAGGAGACCCUCGCAAGGUCCCCAACUCCACCUGGGAAGUCCCCCGCAGCCGCGGCCGAGCCUCAACCGGAGCUUCGCAAAAACCGGACGCAAUCCCCGAACCACAGAGACGGCGAGAAGGAGAGCGGACCGACCGCUGAUGUCAUCGAGGAAAAAAAGGAACCCCCCCACACUCACAGACAUGUCGGGGUUCCAGUGAUGGGGAAGGACCUGCUGGCUGAGAUGAAGGCCCGACAGGAGAAGAGGCAAGAGAAGCAUUCUGAAAAGAAGCUUGAGUCUGGAUCUGAACCAGAGAAGUCCAACAAAAUCAAAAUAGAAGUUCCAGACGCAGAACCAGAACCAGUUCCUAGAUCCAAACCUCUGAGCUCCAGCUCCAAAUCACCACAAACCUCCAAACCCCCGCUGGUAUCCCGCACAUCUGGACUCUUAAGCCCAGUUCACCCCAAACCGAGCAGCACUGCUGUUUUGGAAGACGCCGUGGAACAUCAAGCAGGCGUCUCGUCUCCGAAAGCACCACUUCCUGCCCCCCGCCUGAAGAGGACGCAGUCGGAGCAAGACAGAGAGGGCAGCGGGAGCCCCACUGGACCUCCAUCUCCACCCGAUGUUGAUUCUGCAGCUGAUGGAGACUCAGAGCAGAAAACUGCAGGUACUGAGUCCAGCGGCGGCAGACAGUGGUCCUCUCUGAAGAGUUCAUCCAGUCUUCCACCUCCCCCGGACGACGAACGCGAGCGCACAAAGUCCCUGCCUUCAUACCCUUUAAACACACACGUGAGAACUUUGUCUCAGGCGGACUCCGACUCCGCUGAUGCAGAGGUUUCCGCUUCGCCCGCCGACCUCAGUAAAUCAGAAGACGACUCAGGUGACGAGUCUCCUCAGAGCUGAACCCUGCUCGACUGCGCCCCCUGGAGCCGU